GGGUCUUCUCGCACCCCGGUGACGCCUCCUCGGCGAGAAGGCGCCUAGCCUUUGAUUGCUUCCAGUUACUGCAGAACUUCCUGCCCUGGUGGAGAAGCGCGUCUCGCUUGGGUCGCGCUCCCUCCUGGCCUGAGGCGUGAGACUGAGUUCACAGGUCCUGGGACCCCGAGCCAGGAAGGGUUGAGGGAGCAGAGUCUGCGAGCCUCCGCGGCCCGAGUGAGGGGUUUCGUGUUGGGAUCCUCUCCCCCCUUGCACUAGCACCCCUCCAGGCUUCGCGCCUCCCUGGGGACCCCUCGCUGGGAGAUGGCCGCGUUGAUGCGGGGCAAGGAUUCGUCCCGUUGCCUGCUCCUACUGGCCGCGGUGCUGAUGGUGGAGAGCUCACAGCUCGGCAGCUCGCGGGCCAAACUCAACUCCAUCAAGUCCUCUCUGGGCGGGGAGAUGCCUGCCCAGGCCUCCAAUCGAUCUGCGGGCAUAUACCAAGGACUGGCUUUCGGCGGCAGUAAGAAGGGCAAAAACCUGGGGCAGGCCUACCCUUGUAGCAGUGAUAAGGAAUGUGAAGUUGGGAGAUACUGCCACAGUCCCCACCAAGGAUCGUCAGCCUGCAUGGUGUGUCGAAGGAAGAAGAGGCGCUGCCAUAGGGAUGGCAUGUGUUGCCCUGGCACCCGCUGCAAUAACGGCAUCUGCAUCCCGGUCACUGAGAGCAUCUUAACACCUCACAUCCCAGCUCUGGAUGGCACUCGGCACAGAGAUCAAAACCAUGGUCAUUACUCAAACCACGACUUGGGAUGGCAGAAUCUAGGAAGACCACACACCAAGAUGUCACAUAUAAAAGGGCAUGAAGGAGACCCUUGUCUCCGGUCAUCAGACUGCAUUGAAGGGUUUUGCUGUGCUCGUCAUUUCUGGACCAAAAUCUGCAAACCAGUGCUCCAUCAGGGGGAAGUCUGCACCAAACAACGCAAGAAGGGGUCUCAUGGGCUGGAAAUUUUCCAGCGGUGUGACUGUGCAAAGGGCCUGUCCUGCAAAGUUUGGAAAGAUGCCACCUACUCCUCCAAAGCCAGACUCCAUGUGUGUCAGAAAAUCUGAUCACCACUGAGGAAGAACAUCACUAGCAGACUGUGAAUUUGUGUAUUUAAUGCUUUAUAGCAUGGUGGAAAAUAAAGUUUGGAAUGCAAAAGAAUGGCUAGGAUAAGAUAUAUGGUAAGAAUAUAGAUCACAGAAGGAGAGAAAGAAAAAGAGAAUUGAAUGGAUUAGAAAGGGUAAAACAACACAACCAGUGUGUUUCCAUUAUGCAACUUGUUUAUGUAAAUAAUGUACACAUUUGUGAAAAUGCUAUUAUUAAAAAAAAAGCACACAGUGGAAAUAACUGACGAAUACGAAGUGACUUUCUAAGAAUUUAGUUUGUGCUGGUGGAGGGGUUUCCUUCAGAAUGGUGAUUGCCUAUAAAAAUAACCCAAAAGCCAUAUUUCUACUCAAAAUUAUAGUUUAUUAAAAUACUCCCAGUACACUUUGGCAAAAUAGGCUCUAAAACACGAAAAGAGAUGUUAAACAGGAAAUAAAAACAUGGAACACAGGUAAUUUGCAACAUAGAAACACCUUUUAAUUUGGAACACUACUUCCACUGCUCAGUUAAAGGCCUUGUUGGACAAGAAAACAGGCAGUCAAUAUUUUCCAAAUAGUUUCAAAAUAAUGGAAGGUCUUUUAGUAGGGCCCUUAGAAAACAAAACAAAACAUUUUUUCUCAAACUGCUUGUUUACAUUUUUCAAAAAUUCAAUUUCAGCUAUACUUAAUAAGAACCAGUAUAAGAUUAAAAACAGUUCAGAUUUUAAAGGAAUGACAUUGCAUCUCUCUUAAUCAUAUGUGAUUUCUACCCUGAAUACAUUUUAUUUUCCAAACUAUACCCAUUAAUUGUGACUAGCAUAGCACAUGCACAGAGCAAAAUUUUCACUGAUUGCAAAAAACUUAAGGAUGUCUAAAAUAUAUGGGAAACAAAGCAAAUGGAAAGAUCAUUAUUUUUAAAAAGCUUUGACAUGUCGUAGGUUUUCAUAGAAUUAGACUGGUAAAUACAUUUAUUCUUUACAUAAUUUGCAGUAGAGUAAGGUAAAGCUGAUGAUAGAGACUUGAGCUACAUCUGUACUGCACUGAAACACAGCAAUGAAAUGGGGAAAACUUUGUCAAUUGUCCAGAUUUUACCACAACGUAGAUCAUAUGUUUGAAGCACAGGCUGCUUUUCGUCUUUGAAACCAGAUGCUGCACAACCUAAAUGAAGCUCUGCAUGGGAUUUGUUAUCGUAUUUACCACGCGGAGGAGUUCAGUGUGAGAUCACUUACUCUAACUAUCCUCAAAAUAUUUGUUUUAUAUUUUUGAGGUCCUAAAAUGAUAUUAAUAUGAAGAGGUCUCAUGAAAUGGACUCCUAAGGUAGGUAGUGCAGUGAGGUUCCACUGGCCUCCAUAAGCUUCUAACUGGCCUAUGGCAUCAUCUCAUUUUUCUGCAUGAACUUCUCUCUGCAACAGCUGUUUUAUUGCCAAAGAUAUAGUUUCCUUUUCUGCAGCCAUUAAAAAAUAUAAAUGGAAUACCUUGUAAAAUCUACAUAUCACUUAUCUUAAAAACCACAGGUUCUAGAUUCUUUUAAACCACUUUACAUUUUUACUUAACUCUGUUCUAAAAAUUACGUCUAGAGCAUAAAAGAAAAAAAGGGUUAUCUUACAUUUGGUACUUUAAACUUUUAUAGACUGCAAGUCACUCCUUAAUUUUCUUUUACUUAAACCCCAUCUGCAGUUUUAAAUUCAAGUUUUCCCAAUAGUAAUUAAAUCUUGAGCCUGUAUAUCUAUUAAUAAUUUCAGCUUCCCACAUGCAUUUACUAGGAUGAUUAAGAUUUAUGUUUUCCUCACAUGUCUACAAAAACAAAAAUUAUAAGCUAAUUUAUCCAAAAGCCAAAGUUUAUACAAACAGAUUGCUAUGAGCUUGGUGACAUGAAAAUAGAACAUUUCAGCCAAACAUUUCCUAUAUAGCAAUUACAUUUACAAUCUGGUUUCUGCAUUAUUUCCCUUAUGUUCACCCUUUCAAAAAUUAAUAUUUUUAAGUAAUUUAUUUACAGGAAAUGUUAAUGAGAUGUAUUUUCUUAUAGAGAUAUUUCUUACAGAAAGCUUUGUAGCAGAAUAUAUUUGUAGCUAUUGACUUUGUAAUUUAGGGGAAAUGUAUAAUAAGAUAAAAUAUAUUAAAUUUUUCUCUUCCAAAAAUUGAA